CGCCACAGGCACCAUGGUGCAGAAGUCGCGCAACGGCGGCGUGUACCCCGGCGCUAGCGGGGAGAAGAAGCUCAAAGUGGGCUUCGUGGGGCUGGACCCCGGCGCGCCCGACUCCACUCGUGAUGGCGCGCUGCUCAUCGCCGGCUCCGAGGCCCCCAAGCGCGGUAGCGUCCUGAGCAAGCCCCGCGCGAGCGGCGCGGGAGCCGGGAAGCCCCCGAAGCGCAAUGCCUUCUACCGCAAGCUGCAGAAUUUCCUCUACAACGUGCUGGAGCGGCCCCGCGGCUGGGCGUUCAUCUACCACGCCUACGUGUUCCUUCUGGUUUUCUCCUGCCUUGUGCUGUCUGUGUUUUCUACCAUCAAGGAGUAUGAGAAGAGCUCAGAGGGGGCCCUCUACAUUUUGGAAAUUGUGACCAUCGUGGUGUUUGGUGUGGAAUACUUUGUGCGGAUCUGGGCUGCAGGCUGCUGUUGCCGGUACCGAGGCUGGAGGGGCCGGCUCAAGUUUGCAAGGAAGCCAUUCUGUGUGAUUGACAUAAUGGUGCUAAUCGCUUCCAUUGCUGUGCUGGCUGCUGGCUCCCAGGGCAAUGUCUUCGCCACAUCUGCGCUCCGGAGCCUGCGUUUCUUGCAAAUCCUGAGAAUGAUACGCAUGGACCGAAGGGGUGGCACCUGGAAGCUCCUGGGCUCAGUGGUCUAUGCCCACAGCAAGGAGCUGGUGACUGCCUGGUACAUAGGCUUCCUUUGCCUCAUCUUGGCCUCUUUUCUGGUGUACUUGGCGGAGAAGGGAGAGAAUGACCAUUUUGACACCUACGCAGACGCGCUCUGGUGGGGCCUGAUCACUCUGACUACCAUUGGCUAUGGGGACAAAUACCCUCAGACCUGGAACGGGAGGCUGUUGGCAGCGACCUUCACCCUCAUCGGUGUCUCAUUCUUUGCUCUUCCUGCGGGCAUUUUGGGGUCUGGCUUUGCCCUGAAAGUCCAAGAGCAGCACCGGCAGAAGCACUUUGAGAAGCGGCGGAACCCUGCGGCGGGCCUGAUCCAGUCUGCCUGGAGAUUCUAUGCCACCAACCUCUCACGGACUGACCUGCACUCCACGUGGCAGUAUUAUGAACGCACCGUCACCGUCCCCAUGUACAGCUCGCAAACUCAAACCUAUGGGGCCUCCAGACUCAUCCCGCCUCUCAACCAGCUGGAGCUGCUGAGGAACCUCAAGAGCAAAUCUGGACUCACCUUCAGGAAGGAGCCACAGCCGGAGCCAUCACCAAGUAAAGGCAGACCUUGCCGAGGGUGCCUGUGUGGAUGCUGCCCCGGACACUCUAGUCAGAAGGUCAGUUUGAAAGAUCGUGUCUUCUCCAGCCCCCGAGGCGUGGCUGCCAAGGGGAAGGGGUCACCCCAGGCCCAGACGGUCCGGCGGUCUCCCAGCGCUGACCAGAGUCUCGAGGACAGCCCAAGCAAGGUGCCCAAGAGCUGGAGCUUCGGGGAUCGUAGCCGGGCACGCCAAGCUUUCCGUAUCAAGGGUGCAGCAUCCAGGCAGAACUCAGAAGAAGCAAGCCUCCCAGGGGAGGACAUCGUGGAGGACAACAAGAGCUGUAACUGCGAGUUUGUGACUGAGGAUCUGACGCCUGGCCUCAAAGUCAGCAUCAGGGCCGUGUGUGUUAUGAGGUUUCUGGUGUCGAAGCGGAAGUUUAAGGAGAGUCUGCGACCAUAUGAUGUAAUGGAUGUCAUUGAGCAAUACUCAGCUGGACAUUUGGAUAUGCUGUCCCGCAUCAAGAGCCUGCAAUCAAGGAUAGAUAUGAUUGUGGGCCCCCCACCCCCUUCAACUCCCCGGCACAAGAAGUACCCCACCAAAGGACCCACGGCCCCUUCGAGAGAUUCACCCCAGUACUCACCUAGAGUGGACCAGAUCGUGGGGCGAGGCCCAACAAUAGCAGACAAGGACCGCACCAAAGGCCCAGCAGAGGCGGAGCUGCCCGAGGACCCCAGCAUGAUGGGCCGGCUCGGGAAGGUGGAGAAGCAGGUCUUGUCCAUGGAAAAGAAGCUGGACUUCCUGGUGAGCAUCUACACACAACGUAUGGGCAUUCCACCGGCAGAGACAGAGGCCUAUUUUGGGGCCAAGGAGCCUGAGCCAGCACCGCCCUAUCAUAGCCCAGAGGACAGCCGUGAGCAUGGGGACAAACAUGGCUGCAUCAUCAAGAUUGUCCGCUCUACCAGCUCCACUGGCCAGAGGAACUACGCUGCACCCCCAGCUGUGCCCCCCACCCAGUGCCCUCCAUCCACCUCAUGGCAGCCACAGGGCCACCAGCGCCAUGGCACCUCCCCUGUGGGGGACCACGGCUCGCUAGUGCGCAUCCCUCCACCCCCUGCGCAUGAGCGGUCAUUGUCUGCUUACAGUGGGGGCCACCGGGCCAGCACUGAGUUUCUGAGGCUGGAGGGCACCCCAGCCUGCAGGCCCCCUGAAGGUGCCCUUCGGGACAGUGACACGUCCAUUUCCAUCCCGUCUGUGGACCACGAAGAGCUGGAACGCUCUUUUAGUGGCUUUAGCAUAUCCCAGUCCAAGGAGAACCUGGAUGCCCUGGGCAGCUGUUAUGCAGCUGUGGCGCCAUGUGCCAAGGUCAGGCCCUACAUAGCGGAGGGUGAAUCAGACACAGACUCAGACCUGUGCACACCAUGUGGGCCCCCACCACGCUCUGCCACUGGUGAUGGCCCCUUUGGGGAUGUGGGCUGGGCUGGGCCCAGGAAAUGAGGCCAAGCUGGGCUUCUGGGCCCUGUGCCUCAUCCCACUCUGGCUCCUAAUUUAGGGAUGGAGUCCUCAAGCCUUUCCAUAGCGUGACAGUGACAGAAUGAUGUGGGCUGUGGGGUUGCCAUGGGGUCUGAUUCUCAGGAUCCAUGUGGGAUGGCUAGCAGGCAGGGCUCCUUGGCUCACACAGUGAUGUCUUUUCUAACAAAGGGCAGGAGGUUGGGGUGGGCCAUGGAAGUCCCAGGAACUCCCUGUGGCCGCAAAGCCAGUCCUGCCCAGUUCCAGACCAACGUUGCCCUGUGUGUGAGGGGGCAGAGUGAUGAUGCCACAGGCAAGUGGGGGUAUGGCUAGGAGAGGCCCAAGGGAGGUGGUGGUGAGGCAGAUCUACCAACUGCCAAUGACUGGCCUUGAGGCUUGUGGGUCUUCCAACUUGAGCUCUCAGUUCAGGAGUGUGUGGCAGGCCACUGAACAUGGCCUAUCUUCCCAUUUGGCAGUCUGUCCUUUGGUUCCUGACUGCUCUAGUGAGAUGUCAGCCCUAGGUACCCUGCUGCAGGCCAGCAUCUCCCUCCGCUUUGGGUUCUGUGGGUCUUUCUAUGGGAGCCACCCCAAGGUCAGGACCCCUUCCCUGGAGCUAAGGAAGGAGUAAAGUCUCAGAGACCAAACCAGAACCUAGGUGUGUCCCUUGGACCCUGCUGGCCUCAGCUUCUCAUGGGAGGGUCUGGCACUCAGCCUCUUCUGAAAGGGGGUCCCCCAGAUGCCUUGGCCCUGAUACCUCAGCCUAGGAGGUCUAGGUGGGCAUCCUGUGGUCUCUCAUCUCUCCUGAUGUGGUGCUGGUCUCCAGGAUACCCAGCACUUCAAGAGAGCCACCUGGUAACCAGGGCUGUACUCUGGCUACUGCCCAGCCAUGUCCAGACCCAGGCAGGGCUGGAGGACAUGACACCAGCCAUGAAAUCACUUCAAAUGGCUGACUCAGCCCACUUGAGAUGGCUACCUUGCUUGGAUGAGAUGGUCCUUCCUAUGGGAGCUAGCCAUUCUCAACCAUUUCUUCUCCCUUUGGCUGUGGCCUCUGGGUGACUUGGGAGUUGGGAACACCUAUGGGUUGUAGUGCUCAGGGACCUGUAUCCCUUCUUGCUGGGCAUCUUGGACCAAUAGACAGCCAGGUUUAGAGGAAGUCCCAAGCCCAGGCACUGAGAGGUUGUGGCCCUUCAGCAUCUGGCCUGGAGGUGUCUGGUACUUGAGUGACAACAUUGGAAGGUGGGGCCUCUGGGCUUUCUCAAGCAGAGCCUUCCUUGGUGUGUGCACUAAGUCUGGACUUGCUGAGUACAAACACCCUAGGUCUUGUGCUCAAGAAGAGCCCUUCCAACUUCUGUCUCUCAUAUGAAGCGUGUUUUGUAUUGGAGCCAGAAGUAUCCUGGGGCCUGUGGUCAGUGGUAGUCAUCCUGACCACUGGAGAGAACUUGAGGUCACAUGCCCCUGGAUUUCUGGGACCCAGGCACUUGGAGACCUAUGUUUGCUAUAACUGUGGCAAACCUGUACCUGCUCUCCAUGCAGUAAUGUUAGGACCCUCCCCUGAGUUGCCUCUGCCAGGCUGCUAGUUAGGAGUCUGCCCACAUUUAUCCCAAUGUGUGCAUGUUCUUUAGUUCUCAAGAGAAAUGUCCCUUCCUGUGUUGGCAUGGCAUGGGGCAUGGGCAAGGCAAGAAGAAUGGCCUCCCCCUUACUAUCCCUUUAUUGGGAAGAUACAAUGGGGGUUGAAGCCCCCCUUGCCCUCCAUGGUGGUCAGAGAGGUUCCAGCUGUGUACAGUGGACAGGCAAUGUCUGAUACAUCAGGCCACAGCUAUCUCAGCUCCAAAGCUGAUGGGAGGUAGGUUGUACCUGUCUCUGUGCUGGACAAGCUGUGUGCCCAACAUCAGAUGUGUAGCCCAUGUGCCCUGUCCCUAAGGUUGCCAAGACUUCAAAAGCUUGGACUUCCCUGACCUGGGGUUGAGAAUAUUAGACAAGUAGCCCCCACUUUCCUUGAACUCUGGCUGCCCAGCAUCCAGCAAGAGACCUUUCUUAGGUUAUAACUAGAUUGAGAAUGAGAACCCCAUGGCCCAUUCUACAUUCGAGGAGCCUGCAGGCCUCAGGGGGGAUGACAUGGGAACACUGAUUUGGAAGAUAAUGGAGCCCCCUCUUUGGGGCCUCCAGGAUCCAGGCCUGAGUAGCUCAACUGUCCACUGCCUUAGAGUCCCCACCCCAGGAAAGCAAAAUGGGAAGGGUGCUGGAGGCUCCUGAGAGGAAUUCGCACUUUUUGGGGUGUUUGUGGCCAAAUGUGGUUGAAGACCAAUGGCUGCCCCCUGGUAAAAGUUUCCUUUUGUUUCAGCACCCCAAUAUGAGCACCAGUGCAAAUGGGCACAUGUGCACACACACAUGACACAGAAGCUCAGACCACACUCAUUUACACACAGGUACCCAUACACAAGCACAUACAUGGCAGGUGCACUUCUAGCCCAGUGCUUACACACAUGUAGAAUGCAUACACAAGGUCACACACUCAGACUGGCAGACCACACAUGGCAGGUACACUAUCACAGACCACCUCCACACAUAGUAGGUUACCUGCAUGUUCACAUGUAGGUGCACAUAUGUGCACAAACUACCUGCAUGCACAUACUGACAUACCUGCACACACAGGCUCACAUGUAUACAUAUCAUGUUUUCACCUUGGCUGUCCCAUCUCUGAUCUUUUUCUCUUUGCUUUUUCUGAUAGAAGCUGCCUGAGGAGGAAACCACAAGGAAUUAGUAACUAUACAGAUGGUUCUGUAAUGUUGACCACUGACUUGGGUGGGGGUUUUGACUGUCCAGUACUCUUGGGCAACAGUGAUACAGGGUCCAACUGGAGUCCAUCAAGUUUCCACAAUGCCCUCUCCCUCCAUUGUCUGGUGGCAGUCCCAAGCCUGGGGCUCAAAAAUGCCAAAAAAAAAAAAAAAAAAGCUGAGAGGUCCAGUGUUUGCUGGGGGUCCAGAUCUGUCCUUGCAUUGGACUAGCAUUAUGUACUGGCCAGCUCCUGAUUCCCUUUUACAUAUGUGUCUGCCUAAUCACAUUAGCCUGUCCCCCAAGCAGGCAUUGUCUCACCACCACUGGCAUUUCUAUCCCCUUAAAUUUCAGCUCCCAGAAAGUGCACACCUGUCUACCAUGACUGGAACACCUGUGGGGAGAAGGCCCACUCUUCCUCACACAUGACCUGGGCAGGGCAAGCACUUAUGCAAGGGCUAGCUGACCCUUAGCAACACCUUUGACAUUUGGGAGGUCCUCAUCUAAUAACCACUUGGAAAUUGAGGAGUCGCUGGAAACUGUACACAAGCCUAGCUAGAGCGGUGCCCUUGACUGUUGCAAGUCUAAUCACCCUUGGUCACUACAUAGGGCAGUCAUGGCCAGGGCCACCCAUACCUUUAAUGUACUUAUUUAGGGUUGUUUUCUCCCCAUGAGCUGGUGGCCUCAGAUUCAGGGUGUUGGUAUUGAGGAGGUACACCCUGCCUUCUGCUACCCCUACUGGGUUUGCCCCACAUCAGGGACACUGAAAAACAUCCCUAUUUGUGGAAAGGACUGGAUCCUGAGAUGUCUACAGACCCUUCCUCAGAGUUGAGAGGAACCAGGGGCUGGGAAUUCAUUUGGAACUGCUUGGUAUAUAUCCGUGCCUGCUCACUUAUACAUUGCACACAGUGGAGGCCACUGCACCUGCCUGAGGCUCACACUGCAAGAUCAAUAGGACCAGAUGACAUUUGAGCCACCUUCUGAGGUCACAAACCCCUGAGACAAAUGUGAGAGGCAUGGUUUGGACAGAGCAGCCCAUUGUGGGGAGAAUUGGAGGUGUCCAGGGUAACUUGAAUCCCAGCAGGGCAGGCUAAGGUUACAUUGGGAGCUCUGCAUGGUACCCACAGAGCCCUGGCAUGCAUUGAUGGGAUCAGAUGCUCACUGUGGUCAUCACUGCCCUCAACCAUGGGGUGGGCAGGCUUCUCUCUGCCAUCUACUUCAAAUAUCCCAGGCUACCUACUUGUCCUUUCUGGUGUGGGCUGUGGGACAGAGGCUGGGAAGAGUUUGCAGACAGAAUGCCACCAGGGCAUUUGCAUGGCUGUCUCCGGCUCCUCCUAUGCCCAGCUCAGCUAAGGCAGAGAGGCGAGUAGGCAUACUGCUUGAAGGAGUCAGCGUGAUGGCAAUGAAGGCUUCAGGGGAGACUCUGGCUUCUCUUCCUCCCCAGCAUGUGCCUGUCACACACCCCAAGGGGCCCAGUAUCCUCUUGUGAAUGAACAGGGUGCCAUAGUUUCCUGAAUCUUACUAUCUUGUGAAGUGGGGCUGGUAGUAGGCCUCUGAAGAAGGGAUUUGGAGGAGGUCAUAGGGAAUAAGGUGAAGAGAAUGGGGUGCUGUGUGGGAGGGAGACCUGCCAAUGUCUAGAGGUGUCUGGGGGUCAGGCUUGUUCACAGACCCUUUGUCUUCGAUGCUCACCUUGGUGCACUGAUUGAUGGAAGAUGUUGGGUGUGGCCCAUGGGCUGCCCUGAAGUUCCCCUGAAGUCUGAUCAUCAGAGGAAGGAUGAUGCCCAAACUCUUGAGAUCCUGGGGCUCCUGGGCAGGGAGUGCACGUCGCUAAACCGCACAUCUAACCGGGAGUGGUUUUACAAAGUUAUUGCCUUAAUGCAUGUUGAGGGAAAUGUACCCAGGUCACCUCUGCCCUGGGCCCUCUGCCAGACAUAGACACCCCAGACUCCACGUCCAGGUCUGGUGCUGGAGAGUAGUGCUGGCAGUAGGGGCUGCCACCAGCCAUCCCACACAGAGCGGCUCAACGCUGUCUCCCCUCAGUGCUGUCCGCCUGCCUGGGAUGGCUCUGCACACACGCAACCUACGUCCCGGCCUGCAGCUGUCCAUCGCGGUCUUGUCCCUCGGCUGCAGCUUCCCCAUCUGCGCUGUUGCCUUUGGCUGUCUUUGCACUUUUGUUCAUGCUCCAAAGAAUAUUUCAUAAUGCCUUCGUAUCAACGUGCACCCUGACCAUUUUAUAUGUGCCCUUGGGCCACGGCUACCGGUCUUCUGGCCAGCAUGCCGUCACCUGCACACUUUGUUCUUGACUGCGCCUGUCUUCUAGGGAUAGACGCCCAGGUAAUGAACUCUAGUUUUCUAAUGGUUAGCUGAUUCACACGACACGGCUGAUGCUUGUGCAGCACCAGCGGGCUGGCGUGGGUUUGCGGGGGCUUUGGGUGCAGAACCCCACAGCAGGGACAUACAUGGAUAGUUCUGGAAAUUUCUGCUGCCACGGGGCUGAGUUCGGAUGCCCAGUGGACCUGUGCACUUAGUAAAACGCAGUGAUUCAA